AUGAAGAGCGAGAAACGCACCGUCGCCACCUCCACGACCGUCCCGGUCCACCCUCAUACCGACCACCACCAUCCCGGCCUGUCCGAGCUGCGCCAUGCGGACGACGAGCUCCUCGCCCACCUGGGCUACAAGUCCGAGUUCAGGCGCGAGUUCUCCUUGAUCGAGACCAUCGCGUUCGCGUUCUCCAUCAUGGGUGUCAUCGCGUCCGUCUCCUCCACCUUCUCCUUCCCGCUAGAGUCCGGCGGACACGUCGGGAUGGUAUUCGGAUGGCUCAUACCCUCCAUCUUCGUCAUGACCGUCGCCCUCUCCAUGGCCGAGCUCGCAUCCUCCAUGCCGACGAGCGCCGGCCUAUACUACUUUUCUGCGAAGCUCGCCCCGCCAAGGUACUCCGCGCUCGCGAGCUGGAUCACCGGCUGGGCCAACAUCACUGGCCAGGUCACGCUCGUCUGUUCCAUCGACUUCACCUGCGCGCAGAUGAUUACCAGCGCCCUCGCAGUCGGCUCCGACGGCGCCAUCGUCCUCGGCGCCGGCCCGACCUACGGCAUCCUCCUCGCCAUCCUCUUCGUCCAUGCCAUGGUCUGCUCCGCCGCGACCAACGUCCUCGCCCGCCUCAACCUCUUCUAUGUGAUUGUGAAUGGCGAGUGGUGUGCAGUCGGCACGAGCGUCGCCGCCAUCGUCGCGCUGCUGGUGUGCUCGGGGGAUAGCAAGGUGUCUACGAAGGACGCGUUCACAAAGUUCGAGAACAACACGGGCUGGGCCAACAGCGGAUGGGCAUUCCUCCUCGCGUUCACCGCGCCCAUGUGGACGCUGACCGGAUACGACUCGGCAGCCCACAUCGCUGAAGAGACCGCCGGCGCCGCACGCGCAGCCCCCAUAGCCAUCCUCGUCGGCGUCGGCGCAACCGCUUCCCUCGGCUGGAUCCUCUUCAUCGCCGCCUCCUUCGCGACCACCUCCGUCUCCGACCUCCUCAGCACCACACUCCCCCUCCCGAUGGCCCAGCUCUUCCUCAACGUCCUCGGCAAGCACGGCAUGCUCGCCAUAUGGAGCUUCAUCAUCGUCGUCCAGUUCGUCACCGGCGCCGCGCAGGGCGUCGACGCGAGCCGCGUCGUCUUCGCGUUCGCGCGCGACAACGCGCUCCCUGGCAGCAGGUGGUGGAAGAAGAUGAAUGGCUACACCCAGACCCCUGUCAAUGCGGUCUGGCUGGUCAUGGUCCUCGCGGGGAUCUGCGGCCUGCUGGGCUUUUCGGAGACGGCGCUGUCGUCGCUUGCUGGCGCGUCCGUGAUAGGCCUGUACACCUCGUACGUCACGCCCAUCUUCCUACGCAUCACGUCCGGCAGGAACAGGCUGGUGCCGGGUCCGUUUACGCUGGGCAAAUGGUACUUGCCUGUGGGUACCAUUGCGUGCGCGUGGGUCGCCUUUAUCAUCGUCCUGCUCCUCUUCCCGCCCGAGUCGAAUCCGACGGCUGACACAAUGAACUACGCCGUCAUCAUCAUCAUGGCCGUCUUUAUCUUUGCCAGCGUGUCCUGGAUUGUGUCUGCGCGCAAGUGGUUCACGGGUCCGGUGUCGACGGUGGAAAGUGCGACAUCGACAUACGACGAGAAACAGCAGUAG